CAUACCUCUACCUUAGGUACUUCCAUCAUGAGGUACCUAACCCAAGAUGCUUGAAUAAUGGUGUAUUACGUAAUUAAGACCACGGCAGCUGAGAGUGGACAUGUAUCACCGAUCGUCCGGGGCUGUCUGAGGCUGUGUCAUGUCAACUACCUACCUACGUUCAGCUCGCAAUCACAAUUGCUUUUCCAUCGAGAGAGACUACGAUGGACCAAGGCUGUCAUUCUUGAAUCUAGCAGAUCCAGCCGCGGAGGAUGCUCACGCUGCCCAGCCGUCAUGCCCACCCAACGUACGACCGUCUUAUGGCGGUGCUCGACCACCCGGGACCUUGGCGGCGAACGACUCGACGUCUGUGUAUUACUCCAGGACUCCGCCGAUCGUGGCAGGAAGGCAGGACGAUCACCGUGGCUUGUGCCUAUGCCCCUAUCGCUCGGUCCCAUCGUCGACCCGAGCCGUUUUCCCGCCCCCACGCUCGCGCAUCGAGAAGACGCGUUAGGAUCGGGUGCCCACAACUACUCGUCUUCGCACAUACGCUGGGCCGCCUCCAGCAACCCCCCCUACUGUAUACGCCUGGGUGGACUGUCUCUGUUAGCCAACUGCUGUCGUGUAGCUUACUCCGCACGGCAUCUCCUCGAGACCUUGGGCAAGAGCGGGCUUUGUGUUGCAGGUAGAGUGCUCCUGGCGUGGCACGCGGAGGCGACACUGGCUUCGUCGGAGUAUCCCGAUUCGACAGCGUAGAGAGGGUAGCACGAUGGGCGCAGGGAGCAUGCUCUCGGUCUCGCGUGUUCGCGCCCAGCAAUCCACGUAAGGAAUCAUUCCCCGUCUCCGCCGCCCAUCGCCCAUUAGUAAACAAGUACGAUGGCUAGGGAUCGAGGAGCGGGCUGCUGCGCCGUGCUAUAGGCCAAGACACAGACGCCGUGUGGUACGUGGUUCCUGGCGUAUGCAGUGCGCUUGGGUAUAAGUAAGAUAGAGACCACGAGGGGUUCGAUCGACGGUUCAAUAGAAUGCCGUCGUUUAGAAUUAACCCACCAAGUCGAUACUCACUCGUCUCUCUCUCUCUCUAGCCGCACCCCAUCCACCAGCCAGUACCGCGUUCGCACAUCAUACCCGCCUCGAUAAUGGGUAGCGUAACCGCGAAACC